AAACGCAGCAGGUGCCUGCAUUGGGAUUACCAAGAUGGAGACCAUAGCGACGUACUAUGGUGCACCAACAUGGAUGACUAGCCGAACCAGCCAAUGGGAAGGCUUGUGUGCUGAUACCAUGGAGACGGUUGCUUAGUAGCUAAGGAAACCGAACGCUACCAGAAGCUCCAGUGAGGAGAGAUUAGUUCGCUGUCACGGUGGUCACCUCCCACGGGCAACCAUGCCAGCCACAGUGUCCCUGGAUGCAGUUAAACCACCAAUACAUGAGCAGAUCUCGGAGUUGCACAAGAAACUCCAGCUCCUGGACGGGGACCACAAGGCUUAUGUAGAGAGGUCACAGUCGGAUAUCGAGAAAAAUGACGAUAGAAUUCAAAGACUGCGGCAAGACAACAAGAAGCUGCACAAGAAACUGGCCGACAUGCUUGUGGGGGAUGAGAAGGUGAUAAAGGAGGCAUUUCAUCAACAUUCUGCGGAAAAAGCUGCCAUGAAAAACAAGAGUGGGCAGGCUGCCAUCGAGCUCAUGGACCAGAAGUUAUGUGAUAAGAUGAAGCGCCUGAAUGCCAUGCACCACCAGGCAGAGAAGAAGAGGAAACACUUGGAAGAGCUGCAGACAGAGUACCAGCAGAGGGAACUAGAACUGCAGGGCAAGAUGGAGGGGGAGGAGGGACCCUCACAAGAUGAGCAGGAUGAAGCUGCAGACAAAGAGGAAGUACCAGAACAGCAGUCUAUGCGCCUCUUGGAAAACCGACUGGAAAAGGCCCAGCUGAAGUGCCAGGAGGCAGAACACAUUUUCAGUGUCUAUCAAAAGCUGAAAGAGCACAUGCAGGAUGAAAGCCUGACUUUUCAGACUCAGUUGGAUCUCAUAGAGGCUGAGAUCCUAAAGCAGAGAAAUGAGCUGAUGGAGCUUCAGAAGAUGAACAAAGAUGCUCUGCAAGCACGGGACGAGGCACGGGCUGAUCUUCAGCAGCAGGAAGAAGAAGUUACAAGAGAGCGAAGGGAGAGGGAGCGCACCCUUCAGAAUUACAAAAAGCAGGCAGAAGAGAGGCGUAUUCAUGCUGAGCGUGUGGAAAGAAGGGCUCAACGAGUGGCCUUGCCAGGAGAAGAUGCUACAGUGGACAAUCAACAGACCCCAAGCGGAGAAGAUGAAGAAAAGGUGAUACGCACUUUCCAGGAAGCCUUUCAGAGGAUAAAGGAUGCCACCGGGGUCACAGACACUCAGGAGAUCGUGAGGCGCUUCAUAGCCCAGGGAGAGACUGGCAAACACUUGGAGGAACUGAAGAUUGAGAAUGAAAGGACACUGGUCAGGCUGAAAGAGCAGAAAGAGAAACUGGAGGAGGAAUUCCGCAAUCAGAAGUACUCCGGGGAAGCCAAGUUAUCCAGAGGGCAGCAAGAUCUGGAAGAGCUGCAGAGUCACCUACAGAAGGAAGAGAAAAGGUGCGAGAAAACCAAAGAGGAACUCGAACAAAUGUCCAAAAUCCUUAAUGAGACCAAAGCUGGCAUUGAACAUUUAGCAAGCAAAGUCAAGCACAUCAAGGUGCCAAAACACUAUUUUCCUGCUCUGGAUGGUUCUCCAUUGUCAGAUGAGCAAGUUCUUGAUCUUCUGGGCAUCACGGAGGAAAAGCUGCAGAAGCUUCUGGAAGAGCUUGAGGGGCAGGAUCUGGGGCAGAUUCUCAAACAAAUGGAGGAGGAAGAGUUCCAGGCAAGCAUUGAGGGCAAACUGCCUGCACACAACAUACGGAUUUCCCUUCCAGCUCCAUCCAAGCAGGACAUGUUUGAAGAUGAAGAGGACAGCGGCGAAGAUGAAGGCGAUGUGGUGACGCGAGCAACCUUAAAGAGACAGUCCCAGCAAAUCAUUGAAUCAAAAACAAAGAGGAGGACCCGCCCCAAGAAGAAAAAGGGGAAGCAGUAAUGAACCCUCCUAUCCACCCCACACUGGUUUCUGUUCUUAAAGGAAUUGUUCAGUAUAAAAAUAAAACUAGGUAAAUAGAUAGACUGUGCAAAAUAAAAAAAUGUUUCUAAUAUAGUUAGUUAGCCAAAAAUGUAAUGUAUAAAGACUGGAGUGACUGGA